GUGUGGUCAUUGCAAAAAACUGAAACCCGAGUUCGCAAAGGCUGCAGAAUUAUUGAGAGGUCACGAUCCACCAAUUACUUUAGCUAAGGUGGACUGUACUGAAGCUGGGAAAUCAACAUGUAAUGACUACUCCGUCCAAGGUUAUCCGACUUUGAAAAUAUUUGCUAAUGAAGAGCCUCCUAAAGAGUACAAUGGACCUAGAGAUGCUGAAGGAAUUGCCAAGUACAUAAAGAGCCAAGUUGGACCUGCUUCCAAGGAAAUUUUCUCCAGCGAAGAUUUUAAUAGCCUAUUUAAUGAUCCAAAUGUUGUAAAUAUAGUUGGUUUCUUUGAAGACCAAAGUUUUCCCUUAUUCAAAACUUUCCAAUCUGUAGCCAACCAACUGAGAGAAAAAGCAACGUUUGCCCAUACUUUUUCUAAAGAAGUUUCUGAAUCAGAGAAUUAUAAGAACACAAUCGUUCUAUAUCGGCCUAAAUCAUUACACAACAAAUUUGAAGAUAACAAAGUAACAUGUGAUGGUAAUGGAGUAGAAGAAAUCAAGAAAUGUAUCAAACAUAAUUUCCAUGGCAUCGUUGGCGUUCGCACGCCUGAUAAUAUUGACGAUUUUAGGAAACCGCUAGUAGUUGCCUUUUACGAUGUUGAUUACGUUAAGAACCCUAAGAUUACAAACUAUUGGCGUAAUCGGAUUAUCAAAGUUGCCAAAGAGUUCGAAAAUGAGUUUAACUUUGCCAUAUCACCAAAAGACCAUUUCCAGCAAGAGUUAAAUGAAUUCGGUAUCGACUACAGCAAGAGCGACAAGCCCGUGGUUCUUGCUCGUGAUGAACAAAACCAAAAAUUUGUUCUUGAAGGUGAUUUCAGUAUUGAAAGCUUGACGAAGUUCAUGAAUGAUUUGCAGGCUGGUUCUUUGGAACCUUACAUAAAGUCUGAACCAAUCCCAGAAGAUAAUUCUUCCAAUGUUAAAGUCGCAGUAGCUAAAAACUUUGAUGACGUUGUAAUUAACAACGGCAAAGAUACUCUUAUUGAAUUCUAUGCUCCAUGGUGUGGAUAUUGUAAGAAGCUUGCACCUGUCUACGAUGAAUUGGGUGAAAAACUUGCUAACGAAGACAUAGAAAUCGUUAAAUGUGACGCCACAGCCAAUGACGUACCUCCGCCUUAUGAUUUGAGAGGAUUCCCCACAUUGUACUGGGUUCCCAAAGACUCAAAGGCCAGUCCUAUCAGAUAUGAAGGUGGACGAGAACUUGACGAUUUCAUCAAGUAUAUUGCCAAACACGCCACCAAUCCGCUGAAGGGAUGGGACCGCAGUGGCAAACCCAUUAAAGCUGCUCAAGAUGAAUUGUAAAAAGUAAAUGAUUCCUUUUUUUUCUACUCGAUAAGCAUGAGAGUACACGCUGUGAGGGUGUCUAUGUGCAUUUGAUGAACUUAUUUUAUAACUUGGUAUGUGUCUUAUCAGAGACUUAAUAAUGUGAGAAUUAGUUGCAAUAAUCUUUUGAGAUCAACUCGUUUAGAAAAAAAAGCUGAACUUAAACUUUUUUUAAAUUGGUAAUCGAAACCAAAUCACGGUAAAAAUGAUGUUAAAAAGUAGUUUUUGUUUAUUCCUGCAUAAUGGCAUUUCGUUAUUCAAAAUACUUCAUUGUCAUCUAAGUUAGUAAUAAGAGUGAAGGAAUCAUUCCAGUUUGCAACAGCAAUUUUUACUUAAAAAUCGUGUAAUGACUAAGUGAUUACUGAACGAAAGUUAAAUAUAAUAGUGUGUUAAGUCUAUAGUAAAUAAAAGUGUACGAUGUCUUGGAUUAUAUUUUCAUUUCCUUUUUUUAAACGUAUACAAUUUUGCCAAAGUAACACUUUUUAGUAUUGAUAAAUAAUUUACUUCGAAACUAAUGAAAGUGAAGUCCUUACGUUCAACAAACUAAGCAUAGGUGGCGUACUGUAGUUGAAACAAAAAUAGCGUCACUGACGCACUUUUACUGUAAGCGACAAUAAUAUACGAUAAUGUGGACUCACUUAUGUGACAACAUAUCCGUCACGCUGACAUCAGAUCACGAAUAGUUCACAUUUUUGUCAAUAGGACGCCAUUUUUCUCGUAGCUAUAGCACGCCAUCUGGGGCUAAGUUUGCAAAUUGUUAAUUGUAGGGAUCUCAGCAAAAAUGCUAUGUCUGCACAUGGAAUUAAAAUUUACUCGAAAAAUAGCGAUAAUUAUUAUAAAAAUUGACAUGCCAGUGCUGUUUUUUAUUUACUAUAAACAAAAUAAAAUCAGAACUAAUACCUUUUCCAAUUACAGGUUAUUUUCCAACAAGUUUGUAAUGUAUUUUUUAAGACGAGACUGCUAUUUUAAAAUAUUAUAAACACUAUUUCAUGCUAACA